AAGAAGAAGAAGAAGAAAGGAUGUGACAUCCGGUUGAUGCUCACGUUUGAGUCCGGUGGGCGCCAUAAAAAAAAAACAACAUUUAUUUUGGUUAAACGGGAAAAAAAAAGGGCUUUCUGAUGUGUACAAAGGUGGAUAAUGAAGAAAUAAUCAUCCUCAGUGAUGAUGAUGAUGAUGAAGAUGACAUAACCUGCAGUGAACCCUCAGUUCUCAUCGUGGAGGUUGAAGAUGUGAAGAAAAAUGACUGUCCUUUAACCUCCAGUGCUCUGGAUGAAGACCUGGUUGUUACCUUCUCCCGCCGGGCUGAGGUGCUGCCUCACGCUCGCUACGACUGUCCCAUACAUCCAUUCACAGCUACAGAUGAUGAGACCAUUGGUCCUGUGGCCGGUAACCAGCUCAUCUGUGAUCAGUGCUUUUGCUACAUCUGCGACAAGCUGGCGUCAACAUGUGUAAUGUGGUUUCACAGGGGAGUGUGUCACUGCAACAGCCACAAGAGGAGCAUGUUCUGGAACAACCUCAGAAACGGCGCGCUGCUGGGAGAACUGCAGUCUUUCAACCUCACACUAUCUGAAAUGGAUGCUCACCUUCGACUUGCAGAGACGAUGCUGCAGCGCUUCAAACAAGAGCUCGCUGCAAGGUUUUCUUCCUUCAUGGAGGGAAAGAACUUAGAGGAAUACGGUCUGAGCCUACCGAACCAGCAAGCCUUCAUCUACGAUUACACACCUGUGUACGAGCUUGUGUCAUCAUUCCUGGACGAGGCAGAUAAACAGGACGGCAGAGCUGCUGCCAUCAUGAGACUGGGAGCCACUGAUUACUUCAUCCGACAUAUUCAACUCUCAGGGAAUUUCAUCUUAAAGUCUCCCAUGGCUAAUGUUGCUGAUGCUAAAGUGGUGUUACUGCAGAGGGUAAUAUCAUCCAUGCAGAGACAGAUGGUGACGGCUGAUUUUACCACAGAGUUCAGCUUCAAAUUGCAAGAUUUUUACAAGAAACUCCUCUUCCCCUCUGAGCUGAAGAGCCUGAGGAACAGCCUGUGUGUCCGUCCUUGGGAUGAUGUCCUGCUGGUGUCUGUGCUGAAGGGGCAGAAUGUGUCGGGCGUCCGCAAAGACAAAGGCAAGAAAGACAUCCUGACUGAACAAAUUUCUAUAGUUCUGCUGAGAACAGAAGUACUGCAGCAACAGCGCAGGUACAGAGAAUUGUGUCGUUACCUGCGAGUCGUCCUGGCUGAUGAUUCCAACCUCCUCCAGCAGGUACGAGACCUCAUCCCUUUCUUCCUGUGCAUGGAGGGAGACUUUACGUCCGCUCUGCACAGUUUGUUCACCUCAGUGAGCGCGCCCGCCUCCCGCUUCACUCCACCUCUCUUCCAUUUUUAUCUCUCCAUCUUUGAAACAGCAACAGCGCCAAAGCUGGUGGUUAGUCAGCCAGCACAGCUCUGCUACUCGAACGCAGCGUGGGAGCCAAUUAAAGGUGCUGUGCCGCUACCGCGUGAUGUGCAGGUGAAGUUUGCUCUCAGGGUUCAGAGGUGCUGCUCUGCUGUCUUUACUGAUUCUCAGUGUUGGACCACUUUACUCACAGUCGUCAACGCACCUCGUGGUUCACUUACCGCUAUACCAGCACCGAGCCCACAGUUUCUACACGAAGCAAAGAAUGUUGUAAAUUCGAUACUGCCCAAGGAACCCUCGUCGAACAUACAGAUACCUCGAUUCUUUCAAGAGGUGUACCCAGAUCAGGCCUUGUUGCUGUUGGUAACAGGGGCUUUAGGUUUAAGAAUCCUUAAUUCUGCUCUGAGUCCAGCCCUCCCUGUGCUCAAUACGUUUAAGGAGAAUGUGUGGGCUCUCGAGUGGCUGUGGGACAGUUUGUCCUCGAGUGCAGAACGCCUCAGCUCCUUCCUACAGGAGGUCACACAGGAGUUGGAAAACACAACAGAUGGGGAUAACUUGCUACCCUUUCUUGGCACCGUUGUACCCCCACAGUCUUCUUUAAUAGAGAACCAGCAGUCCAGAGGCUGUUAGGCUCUACUUCUCACAAGUGUUGCGAUGUCAGCUGGCUGAUUCUCUCUCGCAUUAAACGCUUUGUUUGCACAAAAAACAACCAAACUCUGUCGUCCACGCUGAUGGUCCUGGUGGAGGUCGCAGCACUCUUGCCUCUACACUGGGUGGAGUACCGUGGAGAGCUGGACGAAUGAAUGUGUUUGUCUGAGUUUUCAUGGACAAAGCAGGUGUCAAUACACAGAUGAAGACUUCCUCAUUGUUGUAUCUAAAUUACAUUAUAGAGACACUUUAUGUUGCUUCAUUCGUUCAUUCAAGGACUUGAUCUGGAUCUGAACUGGAAGUUUAACUGCACUAUAGGAUUUUCAAAUUUAACAGUGGUGUUUGUGUUCUUCCUGGAAAUACUUUAUAUCCACGGUUGUUAUAAAAUGCUCAUAUGAGGCAAUUAUGUAAUGUUGAAUAAACUGAAAGAGAUACUAUUUUAUAAAGUGGUUUGGCCACGGUAUGAAAAAAUAAAGUGUUGGUUGGUCUGGA